UUGGUACCUGUGGUUUAAUACAGAUAAAAUGCUCCCGGGGUAGCUGCGAGGCUACUUGUCAGCUAACCCAAUAUAGUAUAGUCUAUAUAUAAUCUAUAGUACGUACCUCUAGAUUUCUUGGUCGAGGACGGGAGCUGAGACCUGAGUUUCUCUAGGCAAUGAACGAGCUUAUGCAACCACUACCUCUCUCAGUUUGCCUCAACUCUCAACUUUCAUAAUAUCCAUCCAUUUCUCCCAACCUUUCCGCCCACCCCACCGAACGAACAUUACCCGAAUAACUUUCUAACCUUAAAAUUACCUCCAACUAAUUUUCCCUCUCCUUAAGUAAUAAGAACAUCAGCGAGCUUCUCGAUUUUAGAAGCUCUAAAACAAAAUGCCCUCCGCCACCGGAUCCAGUUGGGAGAAGUACAGGAAGAAUUUUGCCGACGAUGAAAUAGAAGAGAAGAAGAUCACACCUUUAUCAGACGAAGAUAUCCAAGUCCUGAAGACCUACGGAGCCGCACCCUACGGCACGGCUAUCAAGAACCUCGAGAAGCAGAUCAAAGAGAAACAACAAGCUGUCGACGAGAAGAUCGGGGUCAAGGAAUCCGACACAGGCCUCGCGCCCCCUCACCUAUGGGAUGUCGCCGCCGACCGUCAACGCAUGUCCGAGGAGCAACCGCUACAGGUAGCGCGGUGCACCAAGAUCAUCGCCGACGAGAAGGACGAGACCAAGAGCAAGUACGUUAUCAACGUCAAGCAGAUCGCCAAGUUCGUCGUCCAGCUCGGCGAGCGCGUGUCCCCCACCGACAUCGAGGAGGGCAUGCGCGUGGGCGUCGACCGGAACAAAUACCAGAUCCUGCUGCCGCUGCCACCCAAGAUCGACGCCAGCGUCACCAUGAUGACGGUGGAGGAGAAGCCCGACGUUACCUACGGCGACGUCGGCGGUUGCAAGGACCAGGUCGAGAAGCUGCGAGAGGUUGUCGAGAUGCCCCUGCUAUCUCCCGAACGGUUCGUCAACCUGGGUAUAGACCCUCCGAAAGGUGCUUUACUCUACGGGCCCCCGGGUACCGGUAAAACGCUCUGCGCCCGAGCGGUCGCCAACAGGACGGAUGCUACGUUUAUCCGGGUCAUCGGUAGCGAGUUGGUACAGAAGUACGUGGGCGAGGGAGCCAGGAUGGUGCGGGAGCUGUUCGAGAUGGCCCGGACGAAGAAGGCUUGCAUCAUCUUCUUCGACGAGAUCGACGCCGUGGGCGGCGCUCGAUUCGACGACGGUGCCGGCGGAGACAACGAAGUCCAGCGAACCAUGUUGGAGCUCAUCACGCAGCUGGACGGUUUCGACGCCCGCGGCAACAUCAAGGUCAUGUUCGCCACCAACCGACCCUCGACCCUCGACCCGGCGCUCAUGCGGCCCGGCCGCAUCGACCGCAAGAUCGAGUUCUCGCUGCCGGACCUGGAGGGCCGCGCCAACAUCCUGCGCAUACAUGCCAAGAGCAUGUCCGUCGAGCGCGACAUCCGGUGGGAGCUCAUCUCCCGCCUCUGCCCCAACGCCACCGGUGCCGAGCUCCGCAGCGUCUGCACCGAAGCGGGCAUGUUCGCCAUCCGCGCCAGGAGAAAGGUCGCUUCGGAGAAGGACUUCCUCAGCGCCGUCGACAAGGUCAUCAAGGGCAACCUCAAGUUCAACUCGACCGCUACGUACAUGCAAUACAACUAGAAAAAGCGCACCAUUCUCAGCUACCUAGGUAGGACCAACUGUGGGGAGGAAAAAUAGGAAGGGAAGGGCAGGGAAGCGUGUGUUUGUUGUUAUUGUUGUUGUUGUAUGAAUAGUUACCUGGUAGAUAAUGGACAGCGGCCGGGAUCCUGAUAUGUAGACUCAGCAGUUAGCUCCCCAGCAUAGGUCAUACAGCUAGCUAGCUAUCUUCACCACCCGCCUUGUGCUGUUGUAGUAUAUUACGUUAGAUCCUUUACGUAAACGU